AUGGUAGUUGGGUACCAGGGGGACAGGAUGGUAGUUGGGUACCAGGUGGACAGGAUGGUAGUUGGGUACCAGGGGGACAGGAUGGUAGUUGGGUACCAGGGGGCAGAGGUAGUGGGUGCAGGGAGGGACAGGAUGGUAGUUGGGUACCAGGGGGACAGGAUGGUAGUUGGGUACCAGGGGGACAGGAUGGUAGUUGGGUGCCAGGGGGACAGGAUGGUAGUUGGGUGCCAGGGGGACAGGAUGGUAGUUGGGUACCAGGGGGACAGGAUGGCUCACUGUCUCUCUCUGUGUCUCUGUGUAGAUUUCCCCAAGCUGGAGUCAUCCUCAGAGACCAGUUCUCCGUCUGAUGCUCCGUCCUUCAUGGACGGCUUCCUCUACUGCUCCGCCGGUCCGGCCAAGGCCACCCUGGACAGGAGAGGCAGAGACGACAUGGUGCGACGUUGGUGUACCCUGGAGGGGGGCUUCCUUAGCUAUUAUGAGAAUGAACGGAGCCCCAUGGCCACCGGCAGAGUGGACAUCACUGAGGUGGUCAGUCUGGCCGUCAACAAAACAGAGACCAUGACUGGAGCAGGGGCUGUGUUCAUGGUGGAGAUCUACCUACAGUCAGACAGAGUGUUCUUGUUUGGCGCCAAGACACAGGAGACACAGCAAGACUGGGUCCAGGCUGUCGCCAAGUGUUUCGUCCCAUCUAAAGUAGAGGCUAUGUUGAGGAGAGACUGCGAGCUGAUUGGUCGGCUCUACUUUAAGGAAGGUCAUGACCUCUACCACUGGAGGGUUGGUUGGUUUGCUCUGGAAGGCUCCGCCCUCUACUUUAGUUCCGGGGAGAGGACACUGGGGGCCAUGCAGCUCAAACAACUACAGGAACUCACUGUUUCCACACAUGUAGAAGGUGAGGAGAGGAUCCAAGUGCUCUUGAUGGUGGAGGGUGGAAGAACUGUGUACAUCCAUGGUUUCAACAAAGUGGACUUUGCGCUGUGGCACUCUGCGAUCAAAUUGGCCUCUGGCACGGACGGCAGGGCUCUAAGCAACCAGCAGCUGAGUAAAAAGGGCGUCCCCAUCGUUGUGGACAGCUGCAUAGCUUUUGUCACCCAGUACGGUCUGUGCCAUCAGGGGAUCUACAGCGUUAGGGGGGACCCGGGCCGUGUAUCCCUGCUCCUGGGGGCCUUCAAGCAGGACGCCCGCAACGUGAAGCUCCAUGUCCUGGAGCACCAACUGGAGGACGUCACUGACACCCUGAAGACCUUUCUGUCCCAGGCCGAGGACGCCUUGCUGACCAAGGAGCUCUACCCCUACUGGGUGUCUGCACUAGAUGAGGAGGAUGAGAAACGGAGAGUGGAGAAGUACUCUAGAUUUAUCCAGAGUCUUCCCAAGAUCAACAGAUCCACCCUGACUGCUCUGCUGCAACAUCUCUACAGGGUCCAGAGGUGCUCCCAUAUAAACCAGAUGCAGACCAGAGACUUAGCCUGUGUGUUCUCCUCGUGUCUCUUCCAAACCGAGGGACAAACCACACCGGAGAUCAGCGUGGUCCAAGACCUCAUCACCAACUAUGUACAACUUUUUGGGGUCAACGAGGACCAACUCAAGCAGAUGGAGAGUGAGAACAGUUUCAUCACACGAUGGAACGACAAGAAAGACACCACAUUCUCUCCGGCCGGGGACUUGAUCUUUGAGGUGUACCUGGAGAGGAGGGAGCCGGAGAACUGCUGCUUAAUCAAGUUGUCUCCUACCAUGAGGUCAGACGAGCUGGCAGAGUCCACGCUGGUUACGAGGAACGUGGUCACGAACCCGGUCGACCUCUGGACCACGUUCGAGGUCAUUGAGAACGGAGAACUGGAACGCCCAUUACACUACAAAGAGAAGGUUCUGGAGCAGGUGCUGGAGUGGAGCACUCUAGAUGACCCCAGCUCCGCCUUCCUCGUCAUCAAAAAGUUUGGAGAAGACAAAAUGGCAGACACUCUCCCAGGCAGAAAGCAAAAACAGUUUAUGAGAGGGGAACAGGUGAAGUUCAAGGAUGGGUCCUCCAAGCUGCUUUCUGGACAUAAAUUCCAGGACAGAUAUGUCAUCCUCCGAGAUGACAAGCUGCUACUGUACAAAGAGAUGAAAAGCACUAAGCCAGAGAGAGAGGUCCCACUGAAGUUAGUCAAGUGUUACCUAGGACUGAAGAAGAAGCUCAAACCACCCACCAGCUGGGGUUUCACCGUCUACACAGACAAACAGCAAUGGCAUUUCUGCUGCGAGGGGAAGGAGUCUCAAAUAGACUGGGUGACUGACAUCAUCACCAUGAAGCAUGGAGGAGACCUCUGGUCAAAGAACAGAGAUCACAGCAGACCUGCAGUUCAAAAAAGCAUGUCAGCAGCCCAGCAGAGUCCACAGAACAUUAAACACAAAACCAGCAAAAAUCCGUCAGACAGAAAGUUGUCCCUAAACAUCAGCACACCUCCCAGUGAAGACGAGAAAACAAGGAAUAGUGAAGAUUGUGGCAGUCUCCAGUACAAAACAGCCAUAGUGGCUAAUUGCUUGAAGCAGAAGGACCGACUCGUGACCCCCGGGACUGGUCAGAGAAAUGUUUCAGCGGGGGUGAUCCAGCCCCAGCGCUGUCCCUCUCCACGCCCAGAGGCCCAGGACCCUCAGAGUGGCGUCAAGAACCCCAACAGGAGGCCCGUUCGGAUGGGAGAGGGGGGUCUAAUGCCACCCAACCUCCUCAACGAACUUAACUCUGUGCUGAAUAAGACUGGCCGUAGCGCCAAGGAGGAGAAGAGCUGAUGGAGAGAUAGAGAAGCCCAGAGAAAAGAAGAAGAUGAAAAUGUAAAGUGAGGCUGAGACAAAGAAAGUGCAACAGAAAGGGAAUGGAAGAUGAUUAGAAUGAAAAACAGAGCGACAUGGAGACAGAAAUACUGUGGAGACAGAAAGAGAGACAAAGAGAGAAACUGAGAACAAAAAACAAGUUGUCAUUCUCUACAAGAGGGACCCCCGGGAGGGAAAUUAGAGUUUGGAGUGGAGAACAGGUCCAAGUGCUAUUGAUGGACAUAUUAUGGGAAAUUCCAGGUCGACCAACACACUAACACAGUCAUUUCUAACAGUUCUCGAGUCUGCCCAGAUACAUUUCUACACCAUUACCUAUGCUAUACCAAACUAAUUAUAGUAUCAAAUUCUAUAACAUUUUUGGCUUUCGUUAAAUUCAAUAUUGAUAUGAUAUGAUUAAUAUUGGUUGACAAGGAAUAUCUUCUUCUCCAAAGGAAUGUACUGUAUCUAUUCUGUUAUUGCAUUAAAUGUUAUUUCCUGGUGACAUACUACAUCAUUUAUUUUAUAUUGUACAGUUGUAUAAUACACUGCACAUUGUACGUUCUGUUCUUUGACUGUAUUUGUGUAUAAAAUACUGUACUGAAUGUUUUAUGCGUAUUAGGAAAUGGGGGACACUGUUAACCCAUAGUAUUCGAUAUGUACAGUAUAUUUCAUUACGUAGUAUUUCCUUCACAAACGACUUGAUUUUUUAAAUAUGAAUACUGAUCAAUUCUUAUUCAAAGAUCUGUUAUAUCUUUUGAGUGCCAGGGCAUAUGCUUUUCCCAAAUGGGAUUUGAACCCAUUCAAAAAAGACUCUUCCCGAAAAAAAAUUGCCUCCAACUUUUAUUUUCUGUCGUUGUUUUAUUCAUAGACCUCAUCAAAGGGUUCUUUUUUUUUUAUUGUAGUAAAAUGUAAAAAUAAACUGCAUCUUAAGUCA